AAUUCAGAGGAAUUUUGAAGUUUGAAAAAAGUGAAAGUGAAAAUGCAGUCAAUGAAGGAAACAGCAGCCAACAUUGCAGCCUCUGCAAAAGCUGGAGUGGAGAAGACGAAGGCCACUGUACAAGAAAAGGUGGAGAAGAUGCAAGCUCAUUCUCCAAUGGAGAAAGCAAUGGCGACGGAGAAGAAAGAAGAGAGGCUAACACAAGCAGAAAUCAACAAGCUGGAGACCAUGAAGCACAAUGCAGCAGCAAGACAUUCUCCCAAAGGUGGUGCCAGCGAUCCAGUUUUCACAGGAACCAGCCCUACCGGAGUAGAUAAUAGUUACAUAACACUCGGUGCAACUACUAGUCCCACCGGGACCGCCUCAUAUUCAACCAUCGGGGAGCACGGCUGGUCCACCAGGGGCCACCAGAUGUCCGCAAUGCCCGGACAUGGAACCGGGCAGCCCAUGGGCGGCCACGUGGUUGAAGGGCUGGUCGAUUCUCACCCAAUCGGAUGGAACAGCGGGACAGGGCGGACCAUGGCUCAUAACACUCGAGCCGGCGCUAACCCAUCGGGUCCGUACGACAGUACCGGUGUAGAUAAUAGUUACAUAACACCCAGUGCAACUAUUAAUCCCACUGGGACCGCCUCAUAUUCAACCACAGGUGAACACGGCUUGUCCACGGGGGGCCACCAGAUGUCCGCAAUGCCUGGACAUGGAACCGGGCAACCCGCAGGCGGCCACGUUGUUGAAGGGGUGGUCGAGUCUCACCCAAUAGGAAUGAACAGUGGGACGGGGCGGACCAUGGCUCAUAACACUAAAGCCGGCGGGAAUCCACCCGGUCCGUACCACGGUACCGGUGGCUCUUACAGUUAA